CAACCUUGUUUACCAUAUCACGCAUUCAGCUCAAGUUAACAUUUGAGAAUUAUACGGUAUUUCUUUUAUACGAUAGAUAACGUGUAAAUUUCUGUAGAGGCCAUUGUUGCUUUGUUUUACGUCAUCUGGCCUUGUCUAGUAUAAGACGCAUAGGUAUCAGUCGUGACAAUAAACUAGCGUGUAAGGAGAAGCGUCUGGGUGUGCUCUUUGAAAUAUGGUUAUAAGCGACCUUUUGUUUUCUAGGAAGUAGUAAUUCAAGUAAAGAAGUAUGGACUCCCAGCGCUAGGCCGGUCUGUAGCACUUGCCGAAUGGCAGACAUGAGGUUGGGGUUUUUAGUUGCGAUGAUUCGUUUAUUUAGCCGAGUGUGAUAACGGAAUAAUAAUUAUAAUGUCGGAAGACGUUAAGGAUAGACCAUCCUGUUGUUAUGAAGACACAAGUUGCUCCAAUACGGACUGCAACCCAAUGUCCCUCUGGACUAAGGCUCAGCAGCUCCAGGGAGAUGCACUGCAGCAGGUGCGAGCUGUGUAUGGGGAGCAUUUUCCCAUUGAAGUACGCCAUUUCCUUGCUGCAUGGAUCGAAGAGAAGAUGUGGGACCUAGAUCCAGAAAACCCACAGCACGAGCAGUAUGUGGCGGGGUUGAUUGCAUCUCUGAUUCAGGAAUUAGAGGCAAAAGCUAAUACUAUGACAACAGAAGAUUUAUUUCUUACAAAAUUGAAGCUAAUUGAGGCUGCCAAUAUGUUCAGACAAAGGUACAGUCAUAAUCCUCUGAGCCUUUUCCGCAUAAUUCGACACUGUCUCAAUACAGAGAUGAAGCUAGUCCGUCAAGUUGAGAAUGUUGCACUGGGAAGAGGAGGAAUUGUGGCUCCUGGACUAUCGUUGAUCCCUGAUUCAAAUGCUGAGAUUGCUCAGCAGCUCGAUUAUUUGCGGAGACGAACCCAGGAAACUGGUGAAGAUUUGCGUAAAAUGGAGCAGGAACAAGAAUCUUUCGCACUCCAGUAUCAUGAAUGUACAAAACUCAAUGCCCAUUUGCAGCAUCUGCAGACCCAACCUCAGAAUCAACAAAAUGUGGAACUGGAGAAGAAACUGAGGCGACAGAAAGAGAUGUUAGAACAAAUGCUUAAUCAGAAGGUAGCAGGACUAGUGCAGCUUCGAUUAACUCUUGCGGACAAGUUGAAAGAUACCAUUACACACCUCAACACCCUGCAGUCUCGUGUUCUGGAUGAUGAGUUGAUCCGCUGGAAACGUGAACAACAGCUCCAAGGCAAUGGUGCACAAUUCAACAGCAAUUUAGACACCAUCCAAGAAUGGUGUGAAUCCUUGGCUGAAAUCAUCUGGCUCAACAGGCAGCAGAUAAAGGAAGCAGAGCGGUUGAAACAGAAGAUUGGACUAGAACCAACCGGUAUUACUGACAUUUUGCCAGGUCUCAACAAUCAGAUCACACAGCUGUUGUCCUCCCUAGUUACAAGUACGUUCAUUAUUGAGAAGCAGCCCCCACAGGUGAUGAAGACAAACACAAGGUUCUCGUCUACAGUUCGGUUGUUAGUGGGUGGGAAACUUAAUGUUCACAUGACCCCACCUCAGGUUAAAGUGACCAUAAUAAGUGAAGCACAAGCAAAUGCUCUUUUGAAAAAUGACAAAAUGGCAAAAGGUGAGGCAAGUGGUGAGAUUCUAAACAACACUGGUACAAUGGAAUAUCAUCAAGCUACUCGUCAGCUUUCUGUCAGUUUUAGAAAUAUGCAGCUGAAGAAAAUAAAGCGAGCAGAAAAGAAGGGUACAGAAUCUGUCAUGGAUGAAAAAUUUUCCCUUCUAUUUCAAUCACAGUUUUCUGUGGGUGGAGGAGAGCUCGUCUUCCAGGUAUGGACAUUGUCACUUCCAGUAGUUGUAAUUGUACAUGGAAAUCAGGAACCACAUGCAUGGGCUACAGUAACAUGGGACAAUGCAUUUGCUGAGCCAGGGCGUAUACCAUUUGCUGUUCCUGAUAAAGUGGCGUGGUUGCAAGUAGCUGAUGCCCUUAAUAUGAAAUUCAAAGCAGCUACUGGUCGGCUACUCACAGAUGAGAACCUUCGCUUCCUGGCUGAAAAGGCAUUCAGGAGCAAUAGCCAGCAGCAAGUUGGUGAUUACAGCACAAUGAUGCUUAGCUGGUCACAGUUCUGUAAGGAACCACUGCCAGAACGCAACUUCACCUUCUGGGAGUGGUUUUAUGCAGUCAUGAAGCUAACACGUGAACAUCUUAGAGGCCCUUGGAUUGAUGGUGCAAUCAUGGGGUUUGUACGGAAGAAACAAGCAGAGGAGCUGCUAUCUACAUGUGCCAAUGGAACGUUCCUCCUCCGAUUCUCUGAUUCAGAGCUUGGUGGUGUCACAAUUGCAUGGGUUGGAGAUCAAACUGAAGUGUUCAUGCUGCAACCCUUUACGAGUAAGGAUUUUGCCAUUCGUAGCCUGGCGGAUCGGAUCUCAGACUUGCAACACCUUGCAGCCCUGUUUCCUGAUAUUCCUAAGGAGCAGGCAUUUGGAAAAUACUAUACACCUUUCACAGAAAACCAACCUACAACAAGCAAUGGCUAUGUAAAGCCACUGCUUGUGACACACGUUCCUGGUUGGGGUGGACCUGCAGCUUCUUUGGGGGGUGGAAGCUAUCCCCCAACUCCACAGCACAUGUAUCAACCCCAGUCUCCAGAUCCCAGUGUGACACGAGAUACUCCCUCUGUUGCCAGUGCUGUCAGUGAUUCUGUCAGUAGUUUAGGAACUGUUAUGGAAUUGUAAAAGCAAGGUUCCAAAACUUUUACAAAUGAUCCAACUACUGCAACCAUGACAGCCGAGUGCAGGGUAUCAAGUGAAGACACUGUAUCAGAAAACCAGCAGAAUAUUUUAACACUUCAUCAGGAGUUCAGUUUAAUUUCCUGAGCGGAAGAAAGACUACACAAUAUACUGACUUCAGUUACAGUGAAUAUGUUAUGUGUGAAUGAAGAGUAAUGGAUAAUGAGAGUAUGAAGGUGACUUCUGCGGGUUUAGGCAUUUGGUUAUCAAAUGAACUGGUUGGGUUUGUCCCAAGAUUCAUGAUUGGGUGGCUGCUUACGUGUAAUGUGAUUCCUAAAGCCAUUAUUUGUACAGUAAUUUUGUAGUUACUGUCGCCAGUUCUCUGUCAUUGUCUAUAUGUAUGAUCUUCUGUCUGUAUCACAGGUCUUCCUCCCAUGUUUGAGGCUCCAAGUUGCACAUGGCAUGUUUCCUCACUGUAUCAUUAAUAAUAGAUAGAUUCAAGCGGUUCUGUCCCUUAGGUUUUAGUGGCCUGUAUAUAAUGUGUUACUUUGGCAUCCGUGUUUAUCCAUGACAUGUAUUGAAGCUGCAGUAUUUUGUCCUACAUUGCAGUUACCAUCUUCAGGGUAAAUAAGGUGGAAGGAGGAUAUUGCCAUAUAUAUAUAGGUCUCACAUUGGUAAUGAGAGUAGUUUGGGGGUUUGGUAAGGACUGCAGUGUGCUUCAAAACCUAGGAACAGCUUUCACAAAUGAUGCAGCUAAGCCACUGAGGCCAAAAGUUAACAGAUGUUAGGGUUUGGCAUUACAGUGUGGGUGUUCCUUAUGGAUCCUUUUGUCAGAAUCAGAGAGAGAGAAAGAAAGAGAAAGGCAGAGAAAAGAGUUUGCAUAUGUGCAUUUGCAUUUGUGUGCUUGUGUUUGUGUGUGUGUGUGCAUGCAUGAAAGCAGAGGUGUGUUUCAGUCUGUUUGUGCUGUCUUGCUUGUAGUUUUUAAUUGCAGAAUGUACAUAGUUUUUUCUAACCACAGCAACUUGCCAUAGAUGGCUUAAUGAUUUUUAACCUCUUUAACAAUAGUAAAUACUGUGGUAGGCCUCUCUUUGCUUAAUUAUUUUCAGUGAUCAGAUAACAUUGUCUGAGGACUCAUUCAUGUGUACAGAUUCAGUGUCCCCCAGUACUGACUUUUAAAUAUGUUUCUUCAGGGGAUUCAGGGAUAUUUUCACAUAUAAGAAGUCAAAUAUGUUUUGUUGAUGUCAUGAUGCAUGCAACAGAUUUUUGAAAGCAAAUGUUUAUUACAAAUACUUCUACAUGCUGACACAAAACAACGCGCGUUUCUGUUCAUCUCUUUCAUUGUAUGGAUGUGGCUCCUUCAAGUUGGUAUAUGUUCCACCAUACUCCUGAUGUAUGUUUGUAUGUUUCACAUCAUAAGUCAGAAGUGAUUGCUGCAGGAAAUGCAGGUGUCAUUUAUGCCAUAAGAAACAAAUCAUGAAAUUGUGAAGUUUUUAAAAUGAUUGCAAUUCUGCAUUGAUGUGGUUGAAUAUGGCAUCUUCAUUGAGUGGUUUGUUUUUACCUAGUAUGAAACUGUAAUGUGGUCGUUAGUAGAAGCUGUUGCCCAAGUCCCAUUUACAAAAGCAGGAAACUUUAAACAGAACUGGCCAAGCAGCAGGUUCACGCAUAUCAUAUGUGGUUAUUCAAUGCAUUAACCUUUAGCAUUUGUGAUGGUCAUUGUCUCAAAAGAAAAUUUUGUAUGAAGAAAAUGUAUAUAACCUAAACAGUUCAUCAGUAGUCAUUAUAACUGUAAAUAUAUUUAAGGCUUCAUGUAAAUUAUUCUUGUUCUCAUGUGAUCAAAAUUAAUUUUCUUUCAUAAGAGUAAUUAUACUCGUAGACACCAAAUUCCAUGAAUAUUCAUUCAUUCCUUCAUUCAGAGUUGAAUUACUGCAUUAGUCCAAAGCUCACAUGAAAGAACCAAUAUAUGCAUUUGAUGACACUCAAUUUUUUUCCCCCAUAAACUCAUUUUAAUUUCAGGUAAUUUUUAAGCCAAGUUAACUGUUUUCAUAACUUUGGAAGAUUAUUAAUGUGGGGAAUUACUGUUGGUAUAAGCAACGUUGGUUUUAUUAUGAAUUUUAAUUAUUUAAAUCUGUGAUGGCAUCUAUCUUGAAAUUUUUCGCACUUGGGACAAACUUACUCAACCUUUUAUAAACAUUACAUUGCUUAGAACUGCAGAAGUUUUAACACCCCAGUCAUGUGCUCUGUUCUGAAUAUGUGGAAAUGUUUAAAUACAGUCUGUUGGUUUUUGUGCACAUGUGAUAGAUCAGGGAUGGCAACAUUUUCAUUGCCUGGGGCUAGAUUCAUGUCAAAAGUUCCUUACCAAUAAGAAGUGGUACCACUCAUUGUCGUUUGUUCUGCUGUUAUCCUUGUGACUUUCAUGAGAUAUCUGCUGCUGCACAUUUUUGGACAGUUCUCAAACUUUUGAGAGCAACACAAACAACACACAUUUUGUUUCUUUCAUUCAUUCAUUCAUCAGUAAUCUGUCAGAUGACAGGU